GACGGCUCGGUGCGCCCGCUCGGGGCCGCCGGGGCCAACAGCCGGGACCUCUCCGUGCCGCGGGACUUCCACAUGAUCAUGGGCGAGAAGUUGCCCAACAACCUGUAUUGCCUCAUCCUCCAGGGCACCAUAUCGCACAAACUGCCCCAGGCGCUCGCCAAGGGCGAGUGGACCGACAAGUCGCAGCCGCUGGUGGACACUGCGGAGUUCCGAACCUUAUUG